AUGAGCGCCGGUGAGUUGCAGCCCAGAGCCUCGGCGCCGGCGGCCGCCCCCGCGCCCCCGCAGCCCCGCAGCGCCCAGGAAGCCCCCGACAUGGCCGUGUACUGCAGCGAGAACUUCAGCGUCUACCCCCAGCCCAGUCUCCACCCGCCCGGCGCCGCUGCCGCCGCCGCGGCCGCCGCAGCAGCAGCCGCCGCCGCCGCCGCCUCCUCGGGGCAGCGGGCGGGCGGCUACGCGCUGGGGGACUACGGGGCGCCCGCCAACGCCGGCUACCUGUGGGGCAUGAACAGUCCCGCGCCCUACCUGCAGGGCCCGCCCGGCUCCGCUGCCGCCGCGGCCCCCUUCCUGCCGCCGGCCUCGUACGGCUGCUCCCGGGGCGGGCAGCUGGUGGGCUCGCCCUCGGCGCCCGGCUCGCCGUCGGCGGGCGGCGCGGAGCUGAGCUGGCUGAGCCUGGCCAGCCAGGAGGAGCUGCUGAAGCUGGUGCGGCCGCCCUACUCGUACUCGGCGCUGAUCGCCAUGGCCAUCCAGAGCGCCCCCGAGAGGAAGCUCACCCUCAGCCACAUCUACCAGUACGUGGCCGAGAACUUCCCCUUCUACAAGCGCAGCAAGGCGGGCUGGCAGAACAGCAUCCGCCACAACCUCAGCCUCAACGACUGCUUCCGCAAGGUGCCCCGCGACGAGGACGACCCUGGGAAGGGAAACUACUGGACCUUAGAUCCCAACUGUGAGAAGAUGUUUGACAAUGGGAACUUUCGCCGCAAACGCAAGCGGCGCUCCGAGCCCAGUGCCCCCGCGGCCACCUCUGCGGCCUCCUCUCUGGGGGGCCUGAAGGCCGAGGAGGAACGAUCCAUCCCCAUCACAGGCAAGCCCUGUGGGAGCAGCCCACCCCCAGAGCUGGACCCCUCGCCUUCUGCCAGGGACCAUCCGAAAAGCUCCUCUCCCUCCAGUAUCAUUUCAUCCACCCCCAGCUGCCUCAGCACCUUCUUCAGUGGCAUGAGCUCCCUGAGCAGCGGAGGCGGCCGGCUGACAGGGGGGCUUGGCAGUGAUCUGCACCACAGGAACUUCUCUGCUGGGCAGCUGAGCAGUGGCACUUUCACCCCUUCCAGCAGCUCUUCUCAGGAGAUGCCAUCACCGGAGCAGCUGCAGCGGGUUGCAGGACCUUCCCCUGCCUACUACAGCUCCUUCCACCCCAGCAGCAGCAGCCAGGGAGCCCAGUACAACCACUACUACAACUUCACGGUGAACAGCCUCAUCUACACCCGGGAUGGAACAGAGGUGUAA